CUCUGAUUGGAACAUUAUCAAACUGGAACCCCAUAUGACUGCAGCCGGUAGACCUGUCCUGAGACAAAUGUUCAUUGAGUCCCAAAAAAGAUUCAACACAGACCUCUACAUGUAUUCCAACGGUGAUAUAUUAUUUCAUGCUGAUAAACUGAUCACAUCCCUUGAGGAAAUCAAAAGAUUCACGAGAUUUAACAACAUCAGGAGAUUUAUAGUGUUUGGGGCAAGGUAUGCGGCAAAGUUUUUUUCAACACAUGAUAGAACUAUUGAAAUAAUUUCUGGAUCCGAUGAAGAAAUCAUUCAACGUGGCCAAGGUACCAAAAUCGAUCAAUUAGAUGCUCAGGAUUACUUCAUCACAAGUAAAACCAGUUUCCCAUGGGAUGCUGUGCCUGAUUACGUCAUCAGCCUUCCUGCCUUUGACAACUGGUUACUUAUGUUCAGUAACAAAGCAGACAUUGCAACAUUUGACAUCACUGCCACUAACCUUGCAGUUCACCAAGCAGGGGCUCCAAAAUUCGAAGACAGUAAUUACAGGAAGUCUAUGUCAAGUAAUAGGAAAUUAUGGAAUGAAUCAAUUAUAUCAUAUGUUGGUAGCGCUUUAAAUUGUUGCAAGUGGAAAACUGUGUAUAAUAAGGAAGGUAAAGUUAUAAUAGUAAAAAAUCCAGCAUUCAAUAACAAAUGUAUUGCAAGAUUGAAAAUCCCCGUUGAAAACUUUUUGGACGAGAAGAUUUUUGAGGGUUAACAAUUAGUUUUCAAAACUUCCUCCCACAAAUACAUAUAUUCGGACUCAAAUGAUUUUUAAAGACAAUUCCUUAAAGUUACACGUUUCUCAUUUGCAAAACUAUAAG